UGUGCUCUGCCACUUGCGUUUCGUCUUCACCCGUCAGUCGUUUUCGAGUCGCACAUAUCGACACUUGUACUUCGUUUUUGUUCGUCAACAACGUUUUCAUCGUAAAAGGUAUAGCUAUGCAACGUCCAUCUCGUCAGAAGCAACAACGUGCUGCUGGUGCCCCGCAGCUAAGAGCCCCUAGGCUUAUUGGGCCAAGACCUGUAGUAUUCAGCGAUGAAAAUACAGUUCAUAGGCAAAACCUAGCAGGAGUACAACACAUUACGGAAGGAAUUAAAACUUUGGGUGCAGAAGAUACACUAGUACCUUUAGGGCGUGGUGCAGUACGAGGACAAAGACAAAUUAAUACUGAACAUUUUAGGAUACCAAGACCUGAAUCUUCAUUAGGAAAAGUUGGAAAACAGGGAACUUCUGGGCAGCCAGUAAAAUUGUUGACAAAUUAUUUUCCAAUCACUUCAUAUACAAAUUGGUGUUUGUAUCAGUAUAGAGUAGAUUUCAAUCCUGAAGAAGAUAGUAUUAACACUAAAAGAGGUUUGUUACGGCAGCACAGAGAACGUUUGGGAGGAUAUUUAUUUGAUGGGACAAUGUUGUUUUCUGGAAGUCGAUAUGAUCCACCAACUUUUGAUCUUACAUCUAUACGUCGCCAAGAUGAUCAAAAUGUUAUUAUUAAAGUGAAAUUUACAAAUGUAAUAGAAACUGGGGAUUAUGCCUACAUCCAAGUUUUCAAUUUACUUUUACGUAAUUGUCUUCGACAUCUGGAUUUAACAUUAAUUGGAAGAAACUAUUACGAUUCAAAAGCCAAAAUUGAUAUGGCUCAAUACAAGCUUCAACUUUGGCCAGGGUAUGAAACAACCAUUGGCAGAUACGAAGAUAACAUUUUAUUAUGUGCAGAAAUAUCUACUAAAGUCAUGCGCCAGGAGACUGUACUGGAUUUUUUUAAUGAGUGUGUUGCCAAUAGACAUCAUAACAGUGAUUGGAUGUUUAACUUUAAAAUUGGUGUUUUGGGUACCACAGUGAUGACUAAAUACAACAAUGUAACAUACAAAAUAGAUGACGUAGAUGAAAAUUCUAAUCCUUGUUCAGAAUUUAUUAAAAAAGAUGGAUCUAAAAUGACUUAUAUGCAAUAUUACAAAGAAAAAUGGAACUUACUGAUUCGAGAUGGCAAGCAACCAUUGUUGAUUUCAAAAAAUAAAAGAUCUAUAAGACAAUUUGGAGUUGAAGAUACAUUGGUGUAUCUUGUUCCUGAAUUAUGUAUUAUGACUGGUAUAACCGAUACCAUGAGAAAUAAUUUCGCACUUAUGAAAGAUAUGGCUGUACAUACCAGUGUGAAUCCCAAAGAACGCACGGAUAAACUUAUAAAUUUUGCGAAUCGCCUUCUUAAUACACCUGAUUCUGUUACUGAAUUAAAGAGAUGGAAUCUAACAUUAAGUAAUAGACUUGUUGAACUAACUGGUCGAACUUUACCACCAGAACCGAUUCUUAGUCGUACUCGAGGGUAUAAUGGUGGCAAUGAAGCAGACUGGACAAAACAUUUACGUGUUUUACCAAUGUUCACCUCUGCAAUUGUGAAGCAUUGGGUUAUUUUAGCUCCGAGGGACUGUUGUAGAGAAGUUGAUGCAUUUUCUCAAUCUCUUUUAAAGGCUGCGCAAGGAAUGACAUUUACACUACCUAGGCCUGUUAUAGUUCCCAUGAAAGAUGGCGGAGUUAAUACAUUUUUAACGCACAUUGAACAAGUAAUCAAUAGUUCGAAUCCAGCAUUUAUUUUAAAUGUUAUUCCAUCUACACGUGGUGAUAUUUAUAGUUUGAUUAAACGUAAACUAUGUAUUGAUAGAGCAGUACCAUCCCAAGUAGUACUGUUGAAAAAUGUGCGGAAAAACAACUUGUCAAUAUGCACCAAAAUAGCUAUCCAAAUUAAUUGCAAACUUGGUGGCGCUCCUUGGCAGGUUACCAUACCUAAAAAAGGAUUGAUGAUUAUUGGUUUUGAUGUAUGUCAUGACAGUCAACGGACAAAUAUAUCAUUUGGAGCUUUGGUAGCUACCAUGAACGAUGCUCAUACAAGUUAUUAUAGUUGUGUUGAAGCUCAUAAAAGUGGAGAGGAACUUUCUGUAUAUUUUGCUACAGGCAUAACUAAGGCCCUGAUAAAGUAUAAGGCCAAAAAUGGUACAUUACCUACUUCCAUUGUUGUAUAUAGAGAUGGAGUUGGAGAAGGUCAAAUAUCACAUGUUCAUAACACAGAAGUUAGACUUUUGCAGACUGCUUGUAAAAGAAUAUAUGGACCAAAAUCUGUUCCAUUCGCAUUUGUUAUAGUUACUAAGCGAAUUAGUAGUAGAUUUUUUUCUCUUGGUUCUAAAGGACCUCAAAAUCCUCAACCUGGUACAAUUAUUGAUACUGUUGUUACAGACCCAACCAAGUACGAUUUCUUUUUAAUUUCACAACAUGUAAAACAGGGUACUGUAACUCCUACCCAUUAUCACGUGAUUGAAGACACCCUUGGACUUCCUCCUGAUAUAAUGCAAAGACUUACAUUUAAGUUGACUCAUAUGUACUACAAUUGGUCGGGUACUAUACGAGUUCCUGCUCCAUGUCAGUUGGCUCAUAAAUUAGCGUUCCUCACUGCUAAGGUUCUCCGACAUGCUCCCUGCACUGAAUUGGAUGAAUUGUUAUACUUUUUAUAGUUUUGUAUAUUUAAGGAGUAAGGCAUUCAACUUAUUAAUUAUUUUUAUGAAAUAAUAUUUAAAUAUUUUCAUUUUAUUUAUCUUUAAUAAUAUUGUAUUAUAAAGUACUGGUUUUUUUUUAACUUAAAGAAAAGCUAUUUUUCAUAUCACUUGUAUAACAUUAAUUUUAACA